AUUGUAUUAUUUUUUGUGCAGAUCGUUCUGUUGGCCGUUGCGGCGUGCGGAGUCCAAGGCACCGGUUUGAGGCUGCUCCAGAAGUCUCUUUCGCUCUCCGCAGGACUUUCGCAUGGAUCAGGACACGGAGUGCAAGUGCAGAAGCACUUCGAAGUUGGAGGACCGGCGCCGGUCAGGUACCAGAGGAUCUUGAAUAAAGAGGCCGAAGUGCAGCAGGUUGGAUCUGGAAAGUACACCUCCAGUGGACACCAAGAGGUUGUUGGUCAUCAGCAAGGAGGUGUUCAAGAACAAGCUCAGUAUGGUGGGCAACAGCAAGGAGUUUCUGGAGGUGUUCAAGAACAAGCUCAGUAUGGUGGGCAACAGCAAGGAGGAGUUUCUGGAGGUGCUCAAGUACAAUACGGUGUACAUCAAGAAAUUGUUGGUCAACAGCAAGGAGGAUUAUCUGAAGGCGUUCAAGCUCAAUUCGGUGGACACCAAGAGAUCGGAGGUCAACAGCAAGCAGGAUUUUCUGCCGGCAUUCAGACCCAAUUUGGAGGUCAACAGCAAGGAGGAUUCUCGAGCGGUCAAUUCGGUGGACAACAGUUCGGACAAGGUUUUGAAUUAUCCGGAAUUCCUCAAGCUCCCAUCGACUUGGGAACAUCAGUGGGUCUCCAGACUCAGACCGUCAAGCAAGUCAUCACCAUCACCAAGGAGCAGCCGGUGCACAUCCCGCAACCCUACCCAGUGACCGUCACCAAAGAGGUGAAAGUACCAGUUCCUCAACCCUUCCCAGUGCACAUCCCAAAACCGUACCCGGUCCCAGUUCAAGUAAAAGUCCCGGUGCACGUACCGAAACCGUACCCGGUGAAGAUCACCCAGCAGGUCCCAGUCAGGGUUCCCGUCUACGUUAAGGUACCACAUCCAGUCAAAGUCCCCGUACCAAUCUCUAAACCUUACCCCGUCAAAGUGGUGAAAGAAGUUCAAGUCAAGAUUCCCACUCCUGUCUACGUCAAGGUCCUAGUGCCGAUCAACAAUCAAGUGAAAACGACCACCGAUUACAACCAACACCAAACUGGAUCGCAACAAGUCUACCAAUCCGAAACUCAAUUCCAAGGUAGUAAUUUCCAAGCCCAACAACAAUUCGGAGCCGCCCAAGGUGCCGAUUUCCAAAAUCAAGGAAUCCAAAGCCAAACUCAGUUCGGUGGUGCUCAAACUGAUGAUUUUCAUGCCCAACAACAAUUUGGAGGUGUCCAAGGUGCCGAAUUCCAAAAUCAAGGAAGCUCAGGGUUAGGAGGAAUCCAAAGCGCUCACUUCCAAAGCCAAACUCAAUUUGGUGGAGCCCAAACUGGUGAUUUUCACACCCAACAACAAUUCGGAGCUGCCCAAAGUGCCGAAUUCCAAAAUCAAGGAAUCCAAAGCCAAACUCAGUUCGGUGGUGUCCAAACUGGUGAUUUUCACAGCCAACAACAAUUUGGAGCCGCCCAAGGUGCCGAAUUCCAAAAUCAAGGAAUCCAAAGCCAAACUCAAUUCGGUGGUGCUCAAACUAAUGAUUUUCAUGCCCAACAACAAUUCGGAGGUGUCCAAGGUGGUGAUUUCCAAAGUCAAGGAGGCGCAAGUGUAGGAGGAAUCCAAAGCGAAAAGUACGAAACCCAAAGUCAAUACGGAGGUGUGCAAGGAGGUGAUUUCAAUGCCCAAACCGUUGAAUUCCAAAGUCAAGGAAGCUCUGGUCUAGAAGGAAUCCAAAACGUUCAAUUACAAACCCAACAGAAAUUUGUAGGCGUUCAAGGUGGUGAUUUCCAUGCCCAACAACAAUACGGAACCGCCCAAGGCGCCGAAUUCCAAAGUCAAGAGAGUUCCGCUUCAGGAGGAAUCCAAGCCGCUCAAUUCCAAUCCCAAAAUCAAUUCGGUGGUGAUUUUCAUGCCCAACAACAAUUCGGAGCUGUCCAAAGUCACGAGAGCGCAAGUGUAGGAGCCGCCCAAAGCCAAACUCAAUUCCAAGGCGGUGAUUUCCAUGCUCAAGAACAAUACGGAGCUGCCAAAGGCGUAGAAUUCCACGCUCAAGAAAACUCAAACUUGGGAGGAAUCCAAUUCCACGCUCAAAACCAAAUCGGAAACAUCCAGGGCGGCGAUUUUCAAUCGCAAAAUCAAAUCGGAGGUAGUGGACAAUUCCAAGCUCAAGUCCAGAAUGCCCACAGUCAAAUAGUGGCUGCGCAAAAUGCUCAGUUCCAGCAGAGCCAGGGAAGCUCUACCAGUUUCGGAAAUGUGCAAGGAUCGAAGUUCCAGGCCGGUUUCGGCGAAGGUUACGACAACGCUCACGACGAUGAUGCCAACACCCAACAAAUCAACUUCCAAAAGGUGCAGACCGGAAAGUUUACCAUCGGAGGCGGAAACUUCCAAGAUGCAGGCGUCGGCUUCCAGAAGACUUUCUCUCAGUACGGCCAAUCAGGACACAUCAACGGUUACGUUCCCAGCAAAGUGGGCGGCAUGUACGCCAAUCAAGGCUACAACACCUACGCUUCACAAUGGAAAUGGUAGACUAGUUACCUGAUUACUUUAGUUAAUUC